CGUAUACUUGUACAGCAAGCACAUCACAACAAACACCCUGGAAUAUUAAUAAGAUCGGACACGUAUGUAACACUAUUUGACCGAGGGAUGAAGGCGGGGGAUAUGAAGUGCGAGGACGUUCAGCAGCCUAUGGGAUGAAUAAAGAGGCUUACAAAAAUCAGAAUAACACCCAUUUUCGAUCCUAGCGGUAGUUUCCUUUUGCCCACCCUAUCGUGGUGCCUACACCCCCCCGGAAGAUUUGUAUCAGUACUAACCUUUAGAUGUGGAACUACAUAUUCGGCGGAAACUCGCAGACUAAGAAGGAGAUGCCGAAGAAGGCGAUCGUGGACCUUCGUGAACAUAUCAGCAUGCUCAACAAGAAGCAGAGCCACCUCGAGAACCAAAUCGGUGAGCAGGAUGCGCUUGCGCGAAAGAACAUUACGGUGAACAAAAACGUGGCCAAAGCCGCGUUGAAGCGCAAAAAGGUGUACGAGGGCCAGCUCGACAAAAUACAGGCGCAGAUUGACUCAUUGGACACGCAGCUCAACGCUAUCGAGAGUGCUAACUUGAACCUCGAGACGAUGAAAGCCAUGAAACAGGGCGCCAAGGCCAUGAAGCAGAUACACGGCGAUUUCGACGUCGACAAGGUUGACGCCACCAUGGACGACAUCCGCGAACAGGUUGAACUCUCCGAGGAGAUCUCGGAGGCCAUCUCACGCCCCUUGGGCCAGGAGAUCGACGACGAUGAGUUGGAGGACGAGUUGGCCGCGUUGCAGGAGGAGGCUGAGAAUUCCCGGGCCGAGAAGGUUCCAGCGAAGGCUUCAGAACCGGAGAGACGGAUGCCAAGUUUGCCGGAUGUGCCGGUCGCGGAAUUGGACGAGGAUGAGGCAGCGUUAAGGGCGUUGCAGGAAGAGAUGGGGCUCUAACUGUAUGUUAGGACGAGGCUUUGCGCUUAGCACUAUUUUGAUACAGCUGGUUCGAAUUUGGCCCCAUUUUAUACACUUUCACCUUGUCCAUCCUGUGCUGUCUGUGGAUUGGUACGUUAUUGGGUUUGGAGCUCUACUUGUGGCUGGUCUUGGGUUUACCGUUUCGUUUCAAUCGUCCAGUCUUAGCGCUUAGUGUUGCCCUUGGGACUCGGUGAGGUUGCUUGUCUUGACAAUACCGUGUCGUCUCUGCCAUUCUGGUUUUGGUGUUUUUGAUCUCUAAUUUUCUUAUUUCUUUAAUUCCCUUUAAUUGCAUGAUUUACGUUGCGCUUCCGUAGAGGGCAUAGCCUCCCCCUCCAGUCAUAUUUGUGUUGAAAUGGUGGUAUUAAGGUAGGACCUGUCAAGUUGGUAGCUCCUCUGGCCAGCUUGUCACCCUCCA